AUGCAUCUAUUUUCUCUUCUUCACCGUUUUCUCCGUAAACUGUGCGUGAACCAAAGACCACGUGGGAAGUACGAGGUUACAAGAUUACGGAAGAAUACGAAAAUUACCACAAACCAGGACAUUCGCAACGAAAGAGAGAUAGAGUUUGGCUCGUCAUGUCGCACAGAAGUUCUCACAGCAGCAGUAGCAGAGGUUCUUACAGAGACAGCUACAGUUCCGGUAGCAGUAGAGACAGGGGCGGCUAUCACCACGGGAGCAGCGGCGGCAGUUACGGUGGAAAUAGGGGGCACGGCGGGUAUGGCGGCGGCGGAAACUCCCUCGAGUGAGCUUUUAGUAAUGUCCCCGGCCUUUAGGACCUUUGAAAAUCGACUGAACGACUACAGGUCUUCAAGGAAAAGAUGGGACUUGUCGAAACUCCCAAAAUUUGAAAAGGACUUUUACCGAGAGCACCCAGACGUCAGCCGUCGGUCUAUGGAUGAAAUUGAGAGGUACAGGAAGGAAAGGCAGAUGUUUGUGAAGGGGUUAAAUGUCCCAAAGCCAGUGUCAACGUUCCAGGAGGCCAGUUUUCCUGAGUACAUUCUGUCUACCCUGGGGAGACAGGGGUUUGCGGAGCCCACACCGAUCCAGGCUCAGGGCUGGCCGAUGGCUCUGAGUGGACGUGAUUUUGUGGGCAUCGCUCAGACUGGGUCCGGAAAGACUCUGGGAGUGAGUUGUGUUCGGUGAAACCUCCGAAUAAGGGACAUCGAGGGUGCUCUAAUUAGAGAUGACUCUUAUCGGGAGGUGUUUUGAUACACCAAUGAGGCAGAACCAAGUGUCCUUUAUAGAGAUUUGUCGUCUAUACAGAAUUUUCUUUUCAGUAGUUUCACUUUACUUAUGGAGGGGUGUUAUGAAAGGGGAGUGAGCAUUCUAGAAGCCUUGUGCAUCACUAUGUGAGAAGACAUGUAUAUAUGUUUCGUUUCUGGGGGCGUUUUCAUGAGUGGGAGUUCUAAGGUUUACAAAUUUACUCGCAACUGGUGAUGCCAGAAUUCUCUCCCCCUAACGUGAUUCUACUACCUACCCCUACGCAGUAUCUCCUGCCCGGAAUAGUUCACAUCAUGCACCAACCGAAACUGCAGAGGGGAGACGGCCCCACUGUCCUAGUGCUGGCUCCUACUAGAGAACUGGCUCAGCAAGUGGAGGGUGUGGUCUCGACAUUUAGCAAACCGUGUCGUCUGAAGAGUGCCUGCGUCUACGGGGGUUCUCCACGUGGUCCUCAGAUCAGGGAUCUUCAAGAUGGCUGUGAGAUAGUGAUCGCGACGCCAGGUCGUCUGAUCGACUUUCUGGAGUCGGGGAAGAUGAACCUCAACCGCUGCACCUACCUUGUCCUGGACGAGGCCGACAGGAUGCUGGACAUGGGCUUCGAGCCUCAGAUCAGGAAGAUUGUCGACAUGAUUCGACCUGACAGACAGACCCUCAUGUGGAGUGCCACUUGGCCCAAGGAGGUGCAAGGUUUAGCAGAGGAUUUCUUGAGGGACUACAUUCAAGUGAACAUUGGCUCUCUGGAUCUCUGUGCCAACCACAACAUCCUCCAGAUCAUCGAGAUGUGCGAGGAGUACGAGAAGGACGGCAAAAUGAGCAAGUUACUGGAGAAUAUAAUGAGCCAGAAGGACAACAAGACCAUCAUAUUUGUGGAGACGAAGAGGAAAGUGGAUGAGUUGACUCGAAGGAUGCGUCGUGAUGGGUGGCCUGCCAUGUGCAUCCAUGGUGAUAAGCAGCAGCAAGAGCGGGAGUGGGUGUUGGGAGAGUUUCGUUCAGGGAAGUCGCCAAUUUUGAUAGCGACAGAUGUAGCGUCCAGAGGGCUGGGUAAGUGUCCAAUCUUGUUGCCUGUGAUGGAACAAGAGCCACUUGCACAAAUAUCUAUCUGAUAAAUUGUUGAGUUUUUGAAUUUUUCAAUGCAGGCAUGCCCGCCACCUGCUCGCCAGUGGUCGCGAGCAGUCUGGGCUGCCUGCCACGAGUCUGAUUCCAGUUCCCUGGUUUCGGUUUCAGACACUAAUCAGCGUUUUUUUGGGUCGUGUGCAUGCGACAGUGUGUGGUGGGGUGGAUUGGUGUUCCAAAUAGAGCCCACCAGUGGUGACCUCCGUAAUCGAGCAAUCACUGAACUCUGACCUUAAACCUCUCCAACUAAGACAUCGUCGGAAGUUUUGUUCCUCACUCGACAUGGCCCACUCUUAUAAGGACACCACUCUAUAUAGUGCCCACUAUAGGGUCAUGUCCGUCUCAAGUGUAACUGCGUCACGAGGAACGAGAGAAGAAAGAAAGAGAGGUUGGGCGGAGGAGAUGUGGUUGCUGGUCUGUGGUUACCGGAGGUUGCCAGCCACGGCGAGGGUUGCUCGUAAACCACACCUACACCUGCUAGUCUGCAUGCUGAGAGGGGCAGCGUGUACGUCUGGCUCUAUUUCCUCCCUGCCUGGAACGGCAGGUGAGCCAGUUGGAGCCUCCGUGCCGCUGUGUGGCGUGGAACCCCUUACAGCCACCUGGAUUGCAGCAAAGCUCCCAAAUCUGUGCUUAUCGGCUUGACUGCCAUUUUCGCUUGAAACCACAGCCUCAUACUUGUGUUUAUCAGUGACCCUAGCCUUACUUAUUCCUUUGGUUCAAGUAUUGGUGGCCUCAGGCUUAUCUUGGUAGUGCUCUCUUUGACAGUGCAGUCUGAGGCAUAUUUAGAGAUUUUGGUGUAAGGGGUUCCACUAAUAAUGUGUGAGUGGUGCUACCUUAACCUGUUUUCUUCUCCCCGCAGAUGUUCACGACAUAAAGUUUGUGAUCAACUUUGAUUUCCCCAACAAUACCGAAGACUACGUUCAUCGCAUUGGCCGCACGGCCAGAGCCGAGCAGACUGGCACCGCCUACAGCUUCUUCACCUCCAGUAACGCCAAACAGGCCCGAGAACUGAUUGAUAUUCUCAAAGAGGCGAAACAGCAGGUACCUCCGAGACUCUACCACAUGUUGGAACUGUCCAAGCAGAUGUACAUGGCAAAAUCUCGACAGCGUUACCGAGUCCGUGACGACAAGCGCCGCAACGAAGAGAGAGCCAGUAUGAAUGGCCGCGGCGUAGGAGGAGGAGGAGGAGGAGGAGGAGGGUCGAGCUACAACAGCAGAAGCAGUGGCAGCAGUGGCACCACGUCGUGGUCCGAAGGAGGAGACAAGAGCUAUCUGGGCGGGCUGGGAAAGUACAACAAGAAGGAUUCCAGUGACUCUACAACCAGUGCCUACUCCAGCGCGCCGGCCUUUUCCUACAACCCUCAGACCAACUCUAUCACUCCGAACUACCUCCCGCCGGCUGUGCCCACCUCUGCUGCAUACGGACAGUACACUCCCUACCAGAACGGCGCUGGUGCAACUGGAGGCUACACGAGCUAUCAACAGUCUGGAGUUCCGUUCACCCCGGCUGCACCUCCUCCCCCGUCCCAGCAGGUCUACUAUGUCCCGCCUCCCCCUCCCCCACCUCCGGGGCAGUGAGGGGGACCCACUCUAUUUAGAGCCCACCACCUCAGAACUGCUGCACUUCUAAGAUCUAUAUAGGACAAUUAUUGAACUUUGCACAACCGUAAACUUUCAUAACACAUUAACAUUUUCAUUGAAACUCAUAACACUGCAUUUCCUGGAGCAUAAUUAAUAUAAUAUUUUAUUUAUUCACUUGUUCAUUAUUCUGUAUAAUAUAAAGUUCUGAAUGAUCAUGAUUGCAACAUUUUGUGAAGAUUGGCAGGUUAAAAGUGAGGGAUACAAAAAUGUGUUCAUUGAUGAAUGUUAGGUGGGCAUUGAUUAGAAUAGGAACGUGGAUGCCACGCCCACUGCGAGACUGCUGCGUCGAGUGCUCAUUGGAGUGGAGAGAAUGUUCCACUCGUCUUUCUCUGGAUCAUAGUAGUCCACCGUGUUAACCUUUAGGCAGGGGAGUGAAAGAUGAGAGGA